UGUCAACGAAGUAGGGCAGAUGGCUACGGAUAGCAUGCCGGCCCAGGGCCCAUAUCGCAAGACAUUCCAGAAACUUUUGCAACAAUUCGUGGCAAAGAAGUUCAGAUGCGGUAGAGGCGACGACAUUGCCACUGGAGCAUACAUGCCGGUAGCGAGGUCAGCCAGACCGAGUGCGGCACCGUCGUCCAGACCGAGCGAGGCGCGUACGAGCCAUGAGCAAUGGGGGGAGGGUCCGAGUACUAGAACGACAUUGCCACGACAUGACUCAUCUCUGCCACUGCAUCGCUCUUCUUCGAUGCAGCUUCGUCAGGGGCAAACAUCUCAGGACCAUGGCACGGGCUUGGAUUCGAUGCCCGAGCAGUUUCUUUCCCCUAACCCAUAUGCGUACAUAGGAUAUGAUGCAUACACCCAAGGUGAGGGAUCUCAGCCGUUUCUCUCCACGCGAGGGAUCCCCAUGCCCGAGGAGACUCGUGUACCAGAUUUAAACCAGCACCAAGUACAAUGGCCAGACAGUAUAGGAGAGGGAUAUGCUCAGGACACACCUGAUGUUAAUUGGGGCGAUGAGAACACCCAACGCGGCGUCAACACAGGCCUCCGAGGAGCAUCACAUGAUCAUGGCGUCAACACAGGCCUCCGGGGAGCAUCACAUGAUCUUGGCGACACGGUUACAUCAUUAGUUACAGAGUUCUUCGGAGGGGAUGUUAUUGGCCCAUCUUUUAUCCCCCCGGAGUCACAACCAUACGCCUACAAUUACGCUUCAGGUUCGCAACAAGGAUUCGCGACUCCACCACCUACGCAGGACUCGCAGACACAUGAAGCCGAAGUGGAGUACGGCCGCGGUCUUCGUGUGACCCGGCCACCUAAUCGCUUGUCGCCUUCCGGUCGUAAGGAAAGGCCAGGUGGUCGUCGUUAA